UCUAUUUAAAAGCAAGCAAACUCAGUUUUACAAUAAUGUUGUCAAAGAUUUUGCCUUUCUGGAGUCAAUACUUUCAUUACAUAAUCUUUGCUCUCAUUUCUUAUUGUGCUUUAGUAAACUUUAUUUCAAAACGUAAACAUUUAUCCUAUAUAGAUUCAAACGAAGAAGAAGAAGAAGAUGAAGAUGAAGUAGAAAAUGAGUCAGCUUUACCGAAUGAUUUGGAGCACAUUCCUUUCGCAUAUGUCAGACCAAGUGUGGAAGAUUUGAAGAGACGUGCUGAGGAAUUUUACAAGUUAGCAAAUGCCAGACGGACUUUGAGAUUCUUCAGUUCAGAUCCUAUUCCAAAAACUGUUAUUCAAGACAUUAUUCGAGCCGCUGGUACUGCACCUAGCGGUGCUCAUACUGAGCCUUGGACUUUUGUGGCUAUUUCUGAUACAGAAACUAAAAAACAAAUAAGAAAUAUUAUCGAAAAAGAAGAAGAAAUAAAUUAUCGAAAACGUAUGGGUAAAAAAUGGACAACUGACUUAAAACCGUUAAAAACUAACUGGAUUAAAGAAUAUCUUACCACUGCUCCAUAUUUAAUACUUGUUUUUAAACAAAAAUAUAGUAUCCUUCCAAAUGGAAAGAUUAAAACUCAUUAUUAUAGUGACAUGAGUGUUUCAAUUGCUUGUGGAAUACUCAUUACUGCUAUUCAGUAUGCUGGACUUGUUACUCUCACUUCGACCCCAUUAAAUUGUGGGCCUGCCAUUCGAGCACUGUUAGGAAGACCUUUACAUGAAAAAUUAUGUCUUCUUCUACCAGUUGGAUAUCCAGCAGAUGAUGCAACUAUUCCCAAGCUUCAACGAAAACCAUUAUCUGAUAUACUAAUCGAAAUAUAACUCAAUUUAUAUAAAAUUAUGUGAAACUCUUUUUAGAAACUAAUUUUAUUAGCAAUUUGCAUACAAUUACUUAAAAUAAGCAGUAUAAAAAUUCAAUUUUGAAUCAUCAUUGGAACCAAUCUAAAGACAAUUCAUCAAUGUCAGUUAAUUUUUAUAAUAUUGAUAACGGUGAUUUAAUUUGUAAUUUAUUCAUUUCAUUAUUAUGCAAUUCCAUGCAAUUUAUUUUGAAUAUCGA